CUGCGCUGCAGGACCUUCGCUCCGGUGGAGGCCUUAGGACACUCAGAUUCCCCCCGCUCAAAUCGGGUGCGGAGAGCAUCUCGGAACAGUUCCCUGCGGGCUCCCACGUGAGGCUGGGCCCCCCGAGCUGCUUUGGUCACAGCCAUUCCCCGCCGGGGUCUGAGCUGUCAGCCUCUCCAAGAACCGCAGUGAAGGAGCCGGGACUCGCCUAUAGCCGGCUCCAGGUGCUGAGGAAUGUCCUCGACCUGUUUUAUCUCUCCAUCCUUUCGGUGACCUGGAGGCUCGGGGAAGUCUAUUUUUAACCUCAUUUCGCAGAUAAGAAAACGGAGUCUGUGAGAGGCGAGGCUGCUUGCAGGAGGCGCACAGCGGACAGGCACACAUGGAUCACCUUGGGCCUGGCAUUGAAGUGCCAAACUGGAAGCUGUUGGUGUCUGGACUCCACUGGGGCGGGGGUGGCGAUUUUCUGCACUUCUCCCCCUCAAGCUCUGCUGCUGUGCCUGGGGCCUGGCAUGUCUAGGCCGGUGGAUGGCACAGCGGUUGCCGGCGUCCAGCUGCCAACUUUCUGCCUGGAUCUCUGUCUCCUCAUUUCUCCGAUCUCCUCAUACAGAAGCCUUUGGGGUAUGUAACAGCCAUGCCUGUGGACACGCUGUCUCCCGGAACCCGCGACACCCCCGCUCUACCUUUCCGCCUGCGGACUAAGGUCCCGGGUUACCUGCUCCGGCGGCCAGCAGAUAGUGGAGCCCGGAAACCUAGUGCUGUGGAGCGCCUGGAGGCAGACAAGGCCAAGUACGUCAAGAGCCUGCAUGUGGCCAACACCCGCCAGGAACCUGUGCAGCCCCUGCUGUCCAAACAGCCACUCUUCAGUCCUGGGACUCGCCGCACAGUGCUCACUUCCAGCCGUCGAGCCCUGCCUGGCCCCGGCCGUCGACCCCAUCUGGACCUGGACAUCCUUAGCAGCCUCAUCGACUUGUGUGAUAGUCCCGUGUCCCCUGCCGAGGCCAGCCGUACUCCGGGACGGGCGGAGGGAGCCCGUCAGGACCCCCCUGCCACUCCCCCACGCCCACCACCCAGUACGACUGCGGUCCGCCGAGUGGAUGUCCGUCCCCUGCCGGCCUCACCUGCCCAGCCCUGCCCAUCACCAGGCACUGCAGCUGCCUCCAGCCCGGCCCGGCCCCCGGGUUUGCAGCGCUCCAAGUCGGACCUAAGUGAGCGCUUCUCGCGGGCAGCUGCCGACCUGGAGCGAUUUUUUAACUUCUGUGGCCUGGACCCAGAGGAGGCACGGGGGUUGGGUGUGGCCCACCUGGCGAGGGCCAGCUCAGACAUCGUGUCCCUGGCGGGGCCCAGUGCUGAGCCAGACAGCUCCGAAGGGGGCUGCUCCCUCCGCAGCUCUGCCACCGUUGAGGAGCGGGCCCGGGAGCGCGUCCCGUAUGGCGUGUCCGUGGUCGAGCGCAACGCCCGAGUGAUCAAGUGGCUGUACGGGUUGCGGCAAGCGCGGGAGACCCCAGCGGCUGAGUGCUAGGCCUCCACUGGACUGGGCAUUCGUCACAGGGCAGAUGAUGGAGAGGCAAUUGAUCCCUUGACCCCGCCUCCAUCCAUUCCCUGGUUUGCAGCAGACAAGAGGCUGCUUGCUGCCUUGUGUGAACUAGGUAUGGAGGCAAAGACUCAGAGGCUGGACCAGCAUCCAUCUGGCAAGGACCGACCUUGGAGAGAGUUAGUUGCCUCUUGACUUUGGACCACUCCCUGUCUCUCAGAUGUAGGGGUUUUGACAUGAGUGUACCUCUGUUUGGCUCCUCUCGGGGGUUUGGGGCACUUAGCUCUCCUCACUGAGAAUGAGGGGCCAAGGAUCUCAUCCGGUCUGUCUACCCAGUUGCUCUGUUUCUUUCUUCCUUCCUUCGCUUCUGUUCUUUGCUGACUUCCUCUUCCUUACUCAGUGGGCCCUGGUUCCCUGGUAAUUCACGCUGGGGUGGGGGAAGGGAAGAAGGGGCUAUCCACUGUUCUUCCCAGGCUUUGGCAACCUGGCCCAGGUGGGUAGACUACAGUAGGGACCAGUAGGAGUUUGCACGGCUCUGACUUCCCUCCCUUUGGUUAAUAAACACAAAUGCUUGUUUUUCAAGGGCUGGGUCAUCAGACUCUUCUGUGUUUACAAGGGGAAGAGGUGGGAGAAGUCUUGGGGUGGAGCCUUCCAAACCUAGUAAUUGUUCACCCCUGGAGCUGGUAGCACAUGAGGUUCAGUGGUUGGCCUGGCCUGAGGGAUCCUCAUAACCCCUCUAGGAGGUUGGUGGGCCUCCUUCACACAGGAGGAAACUGGGUCUGGCCACCGAGUGAAUCGAGAGAGAGCUGGGACUGGAACUGGGUGGGGUCUUUCCCCUGGACCAGGAAGGGGAACUGCCCGGGAAAGGCUGACAUGAUUAUAGACCCCCCAGACCAUGAGUCUUCUGACCUCCCUCACCCCCUGCCUAGCUCCUGAGAGGGCAGGAAGCUCAGAGAGCAAACCCUGAACUUGAGGUCACAUGGGCUUUAGAGUGGGGGUUGGAAGUGAGAGUUCUUAGAGGAAGAGGGACAUCGGGUGGACAGCACAAAAUAAAUGGAUUUGCCUCCAGCUCUGAGUGACUUUGGCCUGAGGGGACAGUUGGACAGCACAGUCUUCUUUGGGUUGGGGGAGGGGAGGAGGCCACUGGCACAGAGGUCUCACCUUCUUCCCAUCUCCCUUCGGGUUAGUUACCUGCUAGGAAACCCUACCUUGGCUGGUGGAGCAAUCAGUGCUAUGGCCUGGGAACACAAAGGGUGAAAGCAUGGGUGGCCUCUGCCCAUCUCAGGGGUAGGAGAGGGGAUGGGCUGGGUGGUGCUUCCUUUCUGAAGGCUGCCUUGGCUGCAGCGCUCAGAAACAGGAAGCUCUAAUGGGGGCCCUGGUGACAGGUUUGAUGUAGGUUUUAUUUUAAGCAUAAAGAGGAGAUUUCCUUUGGGCUGUUGACAAAUAUCCAGGUCAGCCCAGCUGUCUGUCUGUCUGUCUGUCUGACACAGUCUACAUCCAGCCCCCUGGGGAUUGGGGUAGGCCUGGGCAGUUUGGGGAAACAAGGGAAAAUUGGGUUACAGAAGAGGAUGCCGUUCCAGCCCAUGAGAAAUGGAAUCCACCCCCUCAUGAUACAGAGGGGGAGACUGAGGCACAGGGAGGGUGAUCAUCAGCCCAGAGGCAGCCAGAAGGUUUAACAUUGCAGGACCUGGGCCUCCUGGUCCCCAAGUUAUAGUGAUGGAGUCAGGUGGAUAAUCUGGGCAGGCUUUACAGAGGGGGUGUCUUCUGAGGUGUCAAAGACCAGUCCCUCCAGGCAACCUGGCCCGAAUUCUGUGCUAAGUGUUGCCCCUUGCUGUGCCCUGCCAGCCCUUAGGAACACAAGAAGGUAGGCGUGCUAGCUGCGUUUCACCUGUGGAGAAAUGGAGGUUCAUGUCAGAGGACUGGUGGGUGAUGGCCUGGGAGACCCUUUGUUCCUGGAGGAGACUUAAGCGCUGGGCUUAGACGCUUCACACUCACCUUGUCACUGAAUCCUCAAGGUGACCUUUCAAGGGUCGCCUUAGAAGGUUGCCUCUUGGCUUUCAGCAGGAAGGGUAGUAGCUUGUGGGCUGUCCCAGAGCAGGUCUGCACUCUAGCCUGGGGUCACACCCUGGCCUAUGGACACCCCAAAGUCAGCAGCACCCUGGCUCCCUGGUUCUCCUGACACAUGCCCCACCUCUUCCCCAUCCUGGCAGACUUUCUCCUUGGCCACUUUAUUGAGCACCUACUGGGUGCCAUGCAGUGGGUAAGACAGUCGUGGACCCUGCCCUAGUCUUGGGGUGGGGAGGGGUUGGGCAGCUAAGCAGUAGGCACAUAGUCAUAUGAUGUGGAGCAGGUGUGAACAGCCUGAAGCCCAGAGCUGUUCCCAGGAGCUGGGCGGAGGUAGCAGAGAAGGGCACUGGGAGGGUCUGUUGUAAAGAGAGCAGGGUGGGAUUCUUAAAAGUGGGGAAGGUGCCAGUAUGAGCCUUGAUUUCUCCAAAGAAGUUUCCUGGCUCGGGAGGGCUCUCUCUCCGUCAGGAUUUUGUAGCCUACCACCUUCCCAUGUGGGGAGCUGUAGAGAGAGCAGCUUGGGGCUUCUGCUACUCCCUCCUACCAGCCUGCCAGCCUCAGGGAUCUGCAGAAACAGCCCCUCUAUUGUUCUGCCUCCAGUUGGAGCGUGAGGGUCAGUGAGUGGCAGCCUCUGUGUUUCAGUCCCUCUGAGGGCCUGCAGCUGCUGUCCCGUCCCCUGGGGCUGCCGGGCCCCUGUAGCAGCUCCCCCAGGCCAGACUGGCCCCAGCUGCCUAGCCCCUAAUUAGGUAGAGAUGAGAUCUGCCCCCUGAUCUAUUUCCCACCAGCUAAUUAUAUACACGUGGGCUUGGGAGACCGGCAAACUGGCUGCUCACUUCUGUCAUGAAGGUGUGAUGGGCCCCUGGGAAAGGCACCUGACCCCACCUGCCAGACUUUACCCUCUUGGCAGAGGAUGAGAUGUAGCUAGAUGUCCCUGGUGAAAUGGUUCUGGUUCUGCUACUGAGGCAUUCAAAGGGAUCAGGGGUACGAGACCUCCACCUUGCCUGACAUCCAGGUGGAGCAGAGCGGACUGAAGAAAUUAGGCUAUAGGUCCCUGAUUCUAGGAUCCCUGGGUAGGGUGGGGACAUGGGAGAGACCACGGUGACAGCUGUCUCCCAGACAGACAUGCACACAGGAGGGUUUAGAGUUGUUUGGGUCCAUCCAGGCCCAAGACAGAAUACCCCAUUCAGAUUUUUAAAAAUUUAAUAUUUUUCAGAUAAUACAUUCAAUAUUUCCUCCAACACUUGAAGAAAAUCUUCAAACUUAAAGAAAAUUUGAAAGAAUUGUACAGUGAACACAUAUACCUACCUAGUAGAUGCGCAAUUCUUAAUAUUUUGCUAGAUUUGCUUUAUCAGGCAUCUAUUCAUUUAUCCAUCCCUCUUAUCCUUCUAUUAAGACGUCUUAUUUUUUGGAAGCUUUUCAAAGUAAGUUGCAAACAUCAGUGCAUGUCCCCUUAAAGGCAUUUUAGCAUGCAUAUCAUUAGCUAUAUUUCUUUUUGUUUACAGUUCUUUUUUCUUUUUGCUUGGGAGGUGGAGGUAAAAUUUACAUACAUUGAAAUGCACAGAUCUUUUCCUGAGUUCAGAGGAGUGCAUACUGUACCCCAAACCCCAAUCAGGAUAUAGAGCAGCACCAUCCAUGGAAAAGUCCCUCGUUUUCUUUCCCUGUCAAUUCCUGUUCCUACCUCGUGGAUGUAUCUAUAUAAAUUAAAUAGUAUUAAAAAACAGCGUCUUGCUCUGUACUCACUCCUAGGCCUGCUCCCCGCAAAGCAACCUCAUUCA